CUAAAGGUUCCUUGGAUUUUUUUUGCCGGAUCUCCCCCAAGGCCAAUCGAAGCUCUCCUUCAUUAUCUGCUCGCCGUUUCACUGAUCUCUCCUCUCUCUGGCCACUCCCUACGCCGCCGUCGCUGCAGGCCAGACAUUGCUCAUGGAUGCAAUCAGGAAGAAGGCGACGAGACUCAGAGAGCAGGUCGCCAAACAGCAGCAGGCUGUCCUAAAACAAUUUUAUGGAAGUUCUGAAAACAUUGUUACUGACGACUUUGAACUCCAUCAACACCAGAAACUUGAAAAGCUUUUCACCUCAACACGCACAGCAAAGCAUUAUCAAAGGGAUUUAGUGCGUGGUGUGGAAGGUUAUAUUGUUACUGGAUCUAAGCAGGUUGAAAUCGGUACAAAAUUAUCUGAAGAUAGCAGGAAAUAUGGAGUUGAUAAUACUUGUACCAGUGGCAAUAUUCUUGCAAAAGCAGCCUUAGAUUAUGCAAGGGCUCGUUCUCAGAUUGAAAAGGAGCGCGGAAACCUAUUGAAGGCAUUUGGUGCACAGGUUGCAGAGCCUUUAAGGGCCAUGGUAAUGGGUGCUCCAUUGGAGGAUGCACGACAUCUUACUCAGCGUUAUGACAAAAUUCGACAGGAAGCUGAAGCUCAGGCUAUUGAAGUUUCAAGGCGUCAGCAGAAAGUUAGAGAAGCUCCUGGCAAUGUUGAUAAUAGUUUAAAGGUGGAAGCUGCUGAAUCGAGGCUUAUGGAGUUGAAAUCAAAUAUGUCUAUCUUAGGUAAGGAGGCUGUUGCAGCAAUGUCUGCUGUUGAAGCUCAGCAACAAAGAUUGACCUUACAGCGGCUUUUUACAAUGAUUGAGUCAGAAAAAAACUUCCAUCUAAGAGUGCUGCAAAUCCUUGAGCAACUGGAAGGAGAGAUGAUUUCAGUAUCUUCAUCUCCUGCUUCACUUAUUGAACCGGAUAUAGCUCCACCUCCAACCUAUGAAGAAGCUAAUGGCAUUUUUAGUUCUAAUCCAGUUAAUGGCCUGACUGAUUCCAUGGGAUAUUUUUUAGCCGAAGUCAUCCAAUCGUAUCAGGCUGAAACUAAUGUCGAACUCAACUUGUCAGUUGGGGACUAUGUGGUUGUACGAAAGGUCUCCGGUAACGGAUGGGCAGAGGGUGAAUGCAAAGGAAAAGCUGGUUGGUUUCCUUAUGGCUAUAUUGAAAGAAGAGAUCGUGUUCUUGCAAGUAAGAUUGCUGAAGUUUUUUAAUAUUUGUAGUGCAUAAACUGAAGCCUUGUAGUGAAGACCGAGUAAAUGCAUAUUUUUAAAUGUAAUGGAAACGCAUAAUGCUUGUUA